GUUUUCGCUCCCGGUGUCACGCUCCGCGACGUGCGACGUGUUGAGGGAAUAUACAUAGAGAGCGCGGGGUCGGGGCUUCCUCGGUUCACCCCCCCAUCCUUCCCUUCACAGUCCCUCGUUCGCCAGCACGUAGCCUUCGCCAGCGGGAGUAGCGUCGUUCAGUCACAUCGGAUGUAUCGCGAUGUUGCGGGAGCCGUGGUGAGGAGAGAUUUGUCGAUGUCCGUUCGGAGAGACGAGACGGCGGAGAACUACUACGUGGUGGGGAUGGUGCUGGUGACUUAUGACUGGUUGUUGAACUUUUCAACCGAGGUCGAUGUUGUAUGGCGGAGACGGUUUUCCCUCGCCUCUGUGCUUUACCUCUUAUUGCGAUAUAUGUCCCUGGCGUUGAUGCCGAUACACGCCGUUUGGGGCUACAACUUGGCGGUGACGGAUGAGGUGAGUCUCAACGUGAACAUGGCCAACUGGCUUCUAACAACUUUGUGCAUUCCGUGCAUUCAAGGCAUCAUGCUGAUACGCGUCCGCGCUGUUUAUGGGCCGUCACGCUGGGUGCACAAGGUUUUGAUAGCCGCGUUCGUCAUCGAACAGUUGGUAGUCCAAAUCAUAGCGUUCAUGACGUACCACCCUGGACCCAAUACCUUCGGUAUCGAGUCUGACCUUCAUGGCUAUCACAACUGCAACACGCAGUUUGCGCUCCAGAACGAAUAUUUCGCACUGUGGUGCUUUGUGCAGCUUGCCUUCGAGGCGAUGAUGGCCUCCGUGUCGCUGUACACCCUGUACCAGCACAUGCGUGAGAUCCGUGCUUCGUAUCGCAGGUGGAACUGGAACGACUUAUUCGUCGUCAUGGUCCGCGAGCACACCUUUUGCUUCCUCUUAUACAUCAUCUGGGGUACCCUUAACGGCGUUUCGAAACUGCCCAUCCAUCAUCCUUACACAACGCCAUGGGAAGGAUACAUCGAGGCGGAGCUCUUCAACUCGUUUAACUUCGUGCUGUCGUACAUCCAACAGUACGUUCUCGUACCGCACCUCGUCCUCGACAUUCGCCAGCGGUGCGCGACGUCGGAUCUUACCACGCUCAACAUCGAGCUUCCCACUCUUCAGUUCUCCAGUGCGAAUCGAACAAGGUCAUCUGUUGCCUCGAAUGCCUGAAGCCACACGGGAUGCGCACAUGCACAAGUAUUCUCUGUUUCACUAUCAUCGUCCCCUGGAAAAUAGACAUGUUGGUUAUAUAGUGUACGGUAGUCGCAGCUGUAGAACAAAAUGGGUGAUAUACUUGGGACAGGUCAAUGCGUGGACGAUGACCACGUCCGCCCAUUCACG